AAUGGCCCGAACCCGGAUCCAGGCUCCUCAAGUAGCUCAACAUGACCGUGCGAAAGGAAAAUUCUAGAUUCGAAAGAAGAACAGGGCGGAGAUGGCACGGUCCUUCUUGUGGCUCGUUUCCAUAUUCUCCACUUUCUCCAUAGCCUAUUGCAUCGACGACAAGUGUGCUGCUUGCAAUGCCGUCGCGGCAGAACUAGAGAUUCAACUCUCUAAGGAAAAACCAAGGAAUCAUUUGGAUAUGAGGCAUCGUUUGGACUCUAAAGGUCAACGCCAGGGAAAGGUCAUUGAUUACAGGAUGAGUGAGCUUAGAGCUGUUGAACUUUUGGAUGGGCUUUGCGAAAAAAUGCAAGAUUACACUCUUGAAAAGAUAGAUUCAUCUCGACAAGAAUGGAUCAAAGUGGAUAACUGGGACAUCCUCACUAUUGAUAAACAAGAAGCUAAGGCAUACUCAAAAGAUAUAUCCUCUUAUUGUGGAAGGUUACUGGAGGAAACUGAAGAUGAGUUGACAGAAUUGAUAAAGCAAGGAUCCAUUAAGGGAGGAGAUGUAAGCAAAGUUCUGUGCCAAGAUUUGAGCAAGCACUGCAGCAGCUUAAGUGGUAGCCAUUUGGUAGAUACUGACGACGAUGACGAUGAACUAUAAAUUAUUAAAAUCAUCAUGGUUCAGCUGGAGAAGAGUUUCUAUAAACCAAUUAAUUUUUUAUGGAAAAAGUUUCCUUGUGUUACAGAUUCCUGAAAGUAGUGUAACUCUGGUUAAUUGAGGCUUCUUUCUGUAACUUAAGCAAAAUUUUACUCUUUGGAUCAUGUAUCCAUUGCUUCCAACUUUAAAUUUGUUACCCGUGUGACUCUAACAAACGUCAACUAAUCAAAUCAUUUUUGUUUCC